AUGGCGUUCAGGUCUAUAGGAGUGGUGUUUUUGGCGUGUCUAGUUGUGUUGGCGUCAUCAGCGUCACCAAAGAAUUCUAAGAGAAAACCAGCUAACCCGCCGCCCCGCCCCGCCGCUGAUGCAGAACGCGAUGCAGAAAUCACAAACUCUUGUCCCGAAGACGGCUUCUUUGCGGAUGCUGAGCAGUGUGACAAAUACUAUGAAUGCAGAAACGGCGAAAUAAUUGAGAAGCUUUGUCCUGACGGUAUGGUGUUCAAUGACUACAGCCCUCAAGACGAGAAGUGUGAUUUACCCUUCAAUAUCGACUGCUCUCAAAGACCUAAACUUCAAACACCUAUCCCAGCCCUACACUGUCCCCGUCAAAACGGUUACUUCUCCCACGAAGAUGAAAAGGAGUGCGGCAAAUUCUACUACUGUGUAGAUGGCAAAUUCAACAUGAUCACAUGUCCUGAUGGUCUUGUAUACAACGACAAGAGUGGCAUCUGCACCUGGGCUGAUGAAGCUAAGAAGAAGGGCUGUGGAGCUGCUGAUGUCUUCAAAUUUGACUGUCCUAUUGUAAAUGAGACUUUCGGACUAACACACCCUCGGUACGCGGACCCCGAUGACUGCCAGUUCUUCUAUGUGUGCAUCAACGGAGUCACGCCUCGUCGCUCUGGGUGCAAACUUGGCCAAGCUUUCGACGAUGUUACCAAAAAAUGUGAAUGGGCGAGGAAGGUAACUGAAUGUGCGGACUGGUACAAGGGACAGUUAACAGACGCAGAAUUGGAAGCACUAGAGAACCCACCUACCCCUAAGCCUAAACCCGCUGGGUCAUCAUCACGCCGCAAGCCCAAUCGCCCCAGUAAAGGGAAACAAGUAGAAGUAGAAAUUAGUGACGAG